AUGCCACCUCCGCCUCAAAUGCAAGGAAUCCCCGGCGGUGAGCCGACCGUCUUCCAAAAGAUCAAGAUGGGAGCAAUGACGGGAACACUCGUCGGCCUGACAAUCGGGUUCAUCGGUGGAGGCAUUCAGAUCCUGCGUGCUGGCCCAGGACCGCGGGGAGCGCUCGGAACGCUCUCACAGUUCAUGCUGAGUUCCGCGGCGACGUUCGGAUUCUUCAUGUCGAUCGGUACUGUUUUGAGGACGGAGGGUAUCGAGGCGAAUCCGUAUCUCACACCUGCGCAGAGGCUGGUCGCUCUCAAGCAGCAGGAGGCGAUGUUGCACGCUACGAGGAAUGGAGACGUUGACAUUGAGGACAAGGAGCGCGUUUAG